UCUAUAACACACCAACUUUAAUUGUCAGUAAUCUACGCUUCACACUUUACUCUCCACUUUUCAAACCCUACUCACUCUGUUUUCCUCUCAUGGCUUCGCUUCUUCUUCUAACACUCUUCCUCUGUUUCACCUUCACUGCAAUACCCUUUUUCUCGCCGGUUUCAGCUAACCUGGAAGCUAAAACUUACAUAUUCCGAGUUGAUAGUUUCUCUAAACCGGCAGUUUUCCCCACCCAUUACCACUGGUACAGUUCUGAGUUCACUGAACCGGUGAACAUCCUCCAUGUUUAUGACAAUGUUUUUCAUGGAUUUUCAGCUUCGUUGAGUCCUUCUCAAGCUGCUUCAGUACUUCAACAUCCUUCAAUUCUUGCCACUUUUGAGGAUCGUCGGAGGCAACUUCAUACUACAAGGUCACCGCAGUUUCUCGGUUUAAGAAACCAGAAAGGAUUAUGGUCGGAGUCGGAUUAUGGUUCUGAUGUUAUUGUUGGGGUUCUUGAUACGGGUAUUUGGCCGGAGCGUCGGAGUUUUUCCGAUCUGAAUCUGGGUCCUGUUCCUACACGUUGGAAAGGGGUUUGUGAAACGGGAGCUGAGUUUACUUCUCGGAAUUGCAAUCGUAAGAUUAUCGGUGCUCGAUUUUUCUCUAAAGGUCAUGAAGCUGCCCCUGGAUUUGGUCCAAUUGGUGGGGGAAUCAAUGAUACCGUUGAGUUCCGAUCACCCAGAGACGCUGACGGUCACGGAACUCAUACAGCUUCAACAGCUGCUGGGAGGCAUGCUUUCCGAGCUAGCAUGUCUGGUUAUGCAUCGGGUAUUGCUAAAGGUGUUGCCCCAAAAGCUCGAUUAGCUGUUUAUAAAGUUUGCUGGAAGAAUUCUGGUUGCUUUGAUUCCGACAUCCUUGCAGCGUUCGAUGCUGCUGUUUCUGAUGGAGUUGAUGUCAUUUCCAUCUCAAUUGGAGGUGGUGAUGGAAUCUCUUCGCCUUACUAUCUCGAUCCAAUUGCUAUCGGAGCUUAUGGAGCUGUUGCUAGGGGUGUAUUUGUGUCUUCAUCAGCUGGAAAUGAUGGACCUAAUGGAAUGUCAGUCACUAACUUGGCACCUUGGUUAACUACUGUUGGAGCUGGCACAAUUGAUAGGAAUUUCCCUGCAGAGGUAAUUCUCGGUGACGGAAGGAAGCUUUCCGGUGUAUCAUUAUACGCCGGAAAGCCACUUAAUGGGAAAAUGUAUCCCAUAGUGUACCCUGGGAAAUCAGGUGUGCUCUCUGCUUCACUCUGUAUGGAGAAUUCACUUGAUCCUCAUUUAGUUAGAGGUAAGAUAGUGAUCUGUGAUCGCGGUAGCAAUCCUCGCGUUGCUAAAGGAUUAGUUGUCAGUAAAGCCGGUGGUGUUGGAAUGAUCCUCACCAAUGGAGUAUCAAAUGGUGAAGGUCUUGUUGGUGAUGCUCAUAUGAUACCAACUUGUGCUGUUGGUGCUAAUGAAGGUGAUAAAAUUAAAGCCUAUAUAUCUAAGAAUCCAACUGCAGCUGCAACGAUCAAUUUCCAUGGAACUAUAAUUGGAGUGAAACCGGCUCCAGUUGUCGCAUCAUUUUCCGGUAGAGGACCCAACGGUCUCAACCCAGAAAUCCUAAAACCGGACCUUAUAGCACCCGGGGUUAACAUUUUAGCUGCAUGGACUGAUGCAGUUGGUCCAACUGGCUUAGAUUUGGAUCAUCGAAAAGCAGAGUUCAAUAUACUUUCAGGCACUUCAAUGGCUUGUCCUCAUGUAAGUGGUGCAGCAGCUUUGCUCAAAUCUGCUCACCCUGAUUGGAGUCCAGCAGCAAUACGAUCUGCAAUGAUGACCACUGCUAACCUCGUCGACAACAGGCUGCUACCAAUGACCGAUGAAGCCACCGGAAAACCAGCUACACCAUACGAUUAUGGUGCAGGACACUUAAAUCUUGACCUUGCAUUAGACCCCGGGCUAGUAUACGAUCUAGCAAACCAAGACUACGUAAGCUUUUUAUGUGCAAUCGAAUACGGCCCAAAGACAAUUCAAGUGAUCACUAAAUCAGCGGUGAAUUGUCCGAUGAGGAAACCAUUGCCGGAGAAUUUGAACUAUCCAUCAAUAGCAGCACUGUUUUCAACCGCAACAAAAGGGGUAUCAAGCAAGACAUUCUUCAGAACAGUAACCAACGUAGGCGACACAAAUGCAGUGUACAGAGUGAAAAUUGAGGCACCGAAAGGGGUGACCGUGAGUGUAAAGCCGGCGAAAUUGGGAUUCUCAGAGAAGAUAAGGAAAUUGAGUUACUAUGUAACAAUCACAGUGGACAGUAAGAAUCUGGUGUUGAAUGAUUCGGGUGCAGUUUUCGGGUCACUUUCUUGGGUUGAUGGAAAGCAUGUGGUUCGGAGCCCCAUAGUCGUAACCCAAAUGAGCCCAUUGUAAAUAGUAAACUAAUCUUGAUCCUGUUUGUUUAAUCAAGAUUUAUGGGUGAUAAUAUGGAUAGAUGUGCUAAUCACAUUAAACAAGUAGAUUCUACACUUUUUAGAGUGGUUUUAAGUUUUUAACCUUUAGUUUAUUUUGGCUUUAGGGGUUAGCAAAAGCCUAGAACCCAGGGUCAAAAAUAUGGGGUUUUGUUUUAAUUUUUUUAAUUCAAGUUUUUGUGUUUCUUUUCUUCUCUGUUAACUGUGUGAUCAAUAGUGGUUUCUCUUUUACUUCAA